AGUGGCGUGACGUGAUGACGUAAACGCAGACGGCGGCUGGUGGGCGCUGUGUGGUGAGGGUGAUUCGGGUGGACAUGGCGGACCCGGAGCUGGAAGCUAUAAGGCAGCAGCGGCUGGCGGAACUGCAGGGCGGCAGGCAGGGGGAUGUCGGGGGUGAGCAGGGUCAGCAAGAAUCUAAACAGAGGGAGGAGGACAUGAGAAACAGCAUAUUAUGUCAGGUCCUGGGGCAGGCGGCUCGCGCUAGGUUGAAUAAUUUGGCGCUUGUGAAGCCUGAAAAAGCCAAAGCUGUUGAAAAUUACCUUAUACAGAUGGCGAGAUUUGGACAACUCGGUGGCAAGAUAUCUGAACAGGGUCUCAUAGAAAUAUUGGAGAAAGUGAGUCAGCAGAUGGAGAAGAAGACAACGGUGAAGUUUAACAGGAGAAAAGUGAUGGACUCGGAUGAAGAAGACGACUGAUGGAGACUCCGCCAUAGAGCGCUUGUGUUGCAAUGCAUGCAUUUACCCAGAGAGGCACUGAAUUAAGUUAUACACUCACCUGAAAAAGACAUGGUCUGCUUUUAUGUGAAGAUAUUUUUUUUGUUUUAAGUGAGCAGCGAGUACGCUUACCCCGAUAGUAAAUAAUCUGACUUGCUCAUCUUCUCUGAGACCCUUCGUAAGCGUUCACUGACCCACAACCAUGAAACUUUUGUACAAGAAGUGUAAUUGUGCACAGAGCUGUGAGGAUUGUGUAUUGAAUAAUAAAAUGUCUUUUUGUGCUGUA